UUCGGGAAGCCAAGAUGGCGACACCUAUGCAUAGGCUUAUCGCUCGCAGACAAGCGGAAGCUAAUAAGCAACAUGUUCGAUGUCAAAAAUGUUUAGAAUAUGGUCACUGGACCUAUGAGUGUACUGGAAAACGGAAGUAUCUACAUAGACCAUCACGAACCGUGCAGUUGAAAAAGAGUUUAAAAGAAAAACAGAAUAAAUUAGCAUUACCAGCAAGUGGACAAGGAAAUGCAGAAAAGAAGAUAAAGAAGAAAAGGUCUCAGAGCAUUAGCAGCAGCAGUAACAGCACUUCUACUGAUUCAUCAUCAGACAGUGAAACAUCAUCCAAUUCGUCCACAUCAGAAAGCAGCAGCAGUGAUGAUGACAGUUCAUCAACUGACAGCUCCUCAUCUUCCUCAACCUCCUCAUCAAGUGAAACAUCAUCUUCAGAUUCGGACUCUGAUUCUAGUUCCAGUAGUAGUAUUAGUAGCUCUGAUGAAGAACCACCAAAAAAGAGGCAAAAAUCAUGACAGUACUCUUUGAGCAAGUUUCGUAAGCAUCCUUGCAAUUUGAAACAGUGUCUUUUUAACGUAACUUAAAAAAUAAACUAGCUUCUUACAAAGAAACUGUUAUAGACAAAUUAUGAAUCAAACGUGAAGUGUUUGCCUAAUGUUUGUGACCUUCAAAUGUACCUGUCUACAAUGAAGUUUUGGUCAUUUUCUUUAAAGUGAAUAUUGUCCUUUUUUCCUGUAGUGCAUAGUAAUUUUCAUAAAUUAAUGCAUCAGCAUGCAAAUAUUAAAGUAGUCAAGGUACUCUGAUAAUUGAAAACCUGAAAACGUUGCAGCAAAUGUUGGGCUACCUGGCUCAUAGUAUGUCAUUGUGAAGAAGCUAUCGACUUGGUCUCAUUUCUCAAAUCUUUCAAAUUUUCCAUUUCUUCCUUCCACUCCUCAGAUAUUUAUUUAUUUCACCUUCUGUUUAUUGAAUUAUGGACUGUUGCUUCACAAUUUGUCAAUGUAUUCUGUAUAGCAGCAAGACUUUUUUUUAAAGUCAACUUCCCCUUUUGGAGAAUGACUUAAAUGUGUGCUAUUUGGUUACUUAUUUGUCAAAUACUGAAAUAUAUCUUUAAAUAUUGUAAUGCUAAUGGAUAUGCUCUCAACCUUGUUUGUGAAGUUAUUCCCAAAAAGCUAUCAACAAUAAUUCACCUUUAUAAGAUGUACCAUUGUUAAAUGUUCUCUGUGCUAUUUUUAUAAAUCUCAAAUUAAAUCUGUCCCCAUUAUUCUUACCCAUAUAUGAUUGUCUCCCUUUUUUUAAGCUUGAUUUGUAUGCAUUGUUUUGGAGAAAGUGCAUCUAGUUAAAUUGAGACGAGGUUAUUCAGUCAACAAAUUACUGCAAAUUUGAACUUAAAAUGGUGCAGCUUUACUGUUUCUGUUUUAUUAAUUAGCCACUGAGGUAAUAAAGGCAAAAAAAAUUAUGUACAUGUCUUGAGUGAAUUCAGCAUGUAUGGACAUGUGUGAAGGAAAAAAAAUCAAGAGACAUUACAUUCAUAGAGAUGCAAUGCCCAUCUGCAUUUUGAAUAGUUAUUAAUCAGCUAUGACCAAAUAUAUUUACUACCAUUUCCAUACUAUGUCCCUGUAAGUCUUCAAGACAAUUUUGUCAUGCUUAAUGGUUAUAUGCAUAGCAGUUACUUUUGGAAAGAAUAUACAGUGGAUUUCAGUUAAUUGGGACAUACCGGGACCAGUAUAUUUUGGCCAAAUUAAGCGGCUACCCAAAUUCACGGAGCAUUCAUGGAAAUAGUUAACAGGGUAUGAAAAAGACAAACUACCAUUUAACUGAGUAACAAAUUGUGUGUUUAAAUGAAAUACAGAACAAAUUAGUGCACUAUGAAGCUGUGUAAUAGUACUAAAAAGCUGUAAUAGUUCCUUAUAGUUAUCAAUAGAGGAAUUCAUAAUGUAUGCUGCCAUGUUCUUUUGACUGACUGUAAAUGAACAAAAUCAACACAGAUGCCUAAUACAGAUAAUGCACUGCCUCCAUUACCUACCUGCAUGAAUUAGUGUCAAAAAUCACUGCUUUUUAAUUUGGCUUCGGUCAGCCCAAAUGAAUGAUGUAACACAAGCAGGUACAACUAAAGCUAUUUAAAAACUGUUCACUCUAAGCACAGUGUAGUGUCCAACAGCCACAUAAGUGCACACGACUGAAGCUAACUAGAAAUGUUGCAUCCUCCAAAUCUUCGUUUUCGUUGUAAGAUGAUUGUUGAUACCUUCAAUUUAUUUGGAGUUCCUAACUUGCUGAAGUAGUGAAAUUGUUUCAUUUUCCUUCUGGCCAUUUCUGGCAUGUCCGAGCCUGAAUGUUUAAAAGCAUAGUGAGUAAAAUGGUUCUUAAUCGCCUUACUACUUAUUUCUCACCAAUUAUAAGUGGCAAAAAUCACUGCUUUUUGAACACAAGUGCACACAACUGCUGCUAUGCAAAACUUUGCUCUCACGCAGUGUAGUGUCUAGUGGCCACACAAAUGCAUGCGAUUGAUGCUAGUUGGAAACCAUUUGGCACCAGUUUCCGCUUCAAUUAAGCGGCAUAGUGUCCUAAAUAAACAAAGGGAAUCCCAGCUAUUCUCUCGAUUAGUUUUUGUUCUGUAAGAGUUUUUGUUCUUCAAAUAAGUGGCAGCCUGAUUAACCAGAAUCCAUUGUAUCUCAAUUUUUUAAGUGUUUGAUCCUACUUUUAGACAAAUUAAUCCAGAUAAUUUGAUUUUCCUGUCUACCCAGAAUUAAGCCUACCAUGUGAAAUUCCAUUGAAGUUCCAAAUAUUUCAUUAGUGAAUUAUAUAUUAUACUAUGCCAGCAUUUUCUUCUCAUCCUGUUUCAUUUAUCGUCCUUCCCUUUGCAUUCUUCCUUUGGAGGACAUACAGAAUAAUGUUUAACCUUUAUCAUCUUUCAAUGCAAUAGUUAACAUGGUGUUAACCUAAAAGCGUAAGAUUAAAAUAAUGAAAGUAAUUCAUUUAAAAUGCAAAUACCUGGAAACUUUUAAUAAAACCUUGUUAAAUGUUAUAAUUUAAAAUAUGGUAUCAGAUUGGAGAGAUAUUACAAUUGAACAAGAAAGUCUCUUGUUCUGUGAUUGUCUUUCUUAUCCCCUGGUUUGUAGGUUUACUCUCUCUACCUACAUUAAAUGCCUUAUUCUUCUCCCUUUACAUGAUUUGAUGCUUUUGCCAAGAUAGGUGGUGCUUAAUCUGUUGCCAUUAUACUAGUGCUGCAUGAAACCAACUUGACUCAUGAUGGCUAAAGACUGCUUUUACUCGCUAUUGACAAGUUGCUUGACAUUAACGAUUCCUCAUAAAGUUGGCUGGAGAGCAUUACGAGAUAAUGGAAUGGAAGAAAUAAUUAAAAAUUUGUAGAUUUAGAAAAUAAUGAAGGAGUGGUGACAAAUAAUUCAGUUGUAAUCGCAUUCUGUUGCAUCACUUGUGUGAUUGCCAAAUGCUAUGUCCAAUUUUCAGAAGCUUAAUUCUGUCAUUUGUAUUUCUUAAAAUGGAAUUAUUUUGGUGUGCAAUCAUUUUUGUCUUAUCACAUGCGUUCAGACAUCUGUAAGUUGUUUACUGCAUUGAGCAAACAUUUUCUUUUGCCUUUAAGUUGCUCAUACAAUAUAUCAAAGUUCCAUAACUUUGUUGGAAAUCACAAAUGGAAUUUAACUUUUUAUACAUCCAUUGAAGCUGUGCUUCAGUUAUUCUUAUUCCAAGUGAAAAACCCAAAAAAUUCAACUUAUUAGUAGGUUAUACUUGCAGCUCUCUAUUUUAGAAUUUGCAUCCACACUGCAUAAGUAAAUGACUUGCCAUCUCUUUAAUUGUAGCUUUCAAGUCAUGUACCUUUUCUGCUGUCAAAUUCCAUUGUCUUUCAUCUGUCAUCAUUCCUUCAAUAUUUUCUAAAUCUACACAAGUUUCUUUCCCCUACAUGUUCUCCAACCAACUUUAUAGUCUCCUCUAACGAACCACCAACUUAAAAGGAAAAUCAAGAUAUUUGCUAAUUGGACUACUUGUGUGUAUUCUUGGAUGUGGAAAAUUGACACAUUUUCAAUCUUUGCAAGAUAGCUAAUUUUAGAACAGCAACUGUUGCAUAUAAGUUCUGUUGCCAAAUUGUACUCAUUGCCCAAUACUUUCAACGAGGAAUGCUUCCAUUUUAUUUGUCCUUUUCUAAUAUUUUAUACAAGAAUGUGUAUUAGCAAUGCUAUGAAUAAACUUUAAUGAAACACAAGUAUUUAAACUGCACAUAUGCACAUAUAUAUUUCAUAGAAAAUGCAUAAUACAAGAGGCUGCCACUUAGCUGUUAUCUGUGUAUUUUUGUUCUUCUUAACUUCAGUAUUAUUUAAAAGUUCUCCAGAGACAUUGUGGCUGAGCUACAGUUCCUUUUCCACAAGCAGAUUUCUGGAAACCUGCCAAAUCUGGCCCUGUAUGGGUCAAAAAUGUUGGUUUUUACAAGAAUCAGAAUCUGCUCUUGUGCAACAUCUGCCUAGAGUGCUGGAUAAUAAUCUUCCAACAUUAAUCUUCCCGUUUAACAGAUGUAACUAUCUGAAGUUUACUUUGCUUGUUUUAGUUUCACACUAGUACAGUUAAUUGACGCAUGUAUUAAAGCACAUAUUAGCAUGGUUCAACUUUAAUUUUAGGUGUUUUGAUUUGUUUUUCUGUGGAGGGUUAGUUUUUAGUAAAUGUACUUCACAUACUUUAAACUUUUAGAAAAGAGCAUUGUUUGUAUGUUUCAGAUUUUUAAUAAAUGUAUUAACUUUAAAAAAUGUUGCCAGUAUUUUAAUAUGUGAGUUAAAUAUUUCAAGACGAUUGUUAUUUCAAUGUAUAUAAAUUAAAACUUACGUCCUUUUCUGGUUGUAAAUAAAGA